AUGGCGCAAUUUGUAUUUAUGGCUUCGACUAUAGCCACAGCAGCAGCACCACCACCACCACCAUCAGCACCGCCACCAUGUGGUAGCAGUCCAAUUAAAAGCAUUUGCCAAAUGAGGGCCCUGGGAAGCCAGUUGCCAUGCACUUGCAUACAGACGGCUGGGAAGGAUCGCACCUCGUACAAGCCGCUGGAACAGAUCGAUGCGAAGCUGGCGGACAUCGAUGCGCAGAGCACAGGCAGCAAUAGCACCAACAGCAGCAGCAACGGCAGCAGCAGCAGCAACCACUCAAAUGGCGCCGCCAAUUGCCAGGAGCAGAGUGUAGCGGACUAUGCUGCUGGCAACAGCAGCAGCAACAACAACAACAAUUGCAGCAGCAGCAGCAGCAGCAAUGAAACGGCAACUGGCGUAGCAGCAACGGCAACAGCAGCAGCAGCGUCAGCAGCAACAUCAACGGCCAGCAAAAAGUAUAAAAACAGCCACAAAAAAGACAACAACACAACAAGCAGCAGCAACACGUCAAACAACAGCAGCAGCAACAGCAACAGCAACAGCAGCAAAAACAACAACAAUAAAGGUGAGCCAGAGCCCGUGCAUCCAUCGCUGGCGCAGGCGAUUGUAGUGCUGGAAACGAAGGCGUUGUGGGAUCAGUUUCAUGCACAGGGCACCGAGAUGAUUAUCACAAAGACGGGCCGUCGCAUGUUUCCCACCUUUCAGGUGCGCAUCGGUGGCCUCGAUCCGCACGCCACCUACAUCUGCAUGAUGGACUUUGUGCCCAUGGAUGAUAAGCGUUAUCGCUACGCGUUCCACAACUCCUGCUGGGUGGUCGCUGGCAAAGCAGAUGCCAUAUCGCCGCCGCGAAUACAUGUCCAUCCCGAUUCGCCGGCGGCCGGCGCCAAUUGGAUGAAGCAAAUUGUGUCCUUCGACAAGCUCAAGCUGACCAACAAUCAGCUGGAUGAGAAUGGGCAUAUCAUACUGAACUCGAUGCAUCGCUACCAGCCGCGCUUCCACUUGGUCUAUUUGCCGCCAAAGAAUGCCUCGCUGGAUGAGAAUGAGCAUUCGAGUCACUUUCGCACAUUCAUAUUCCCGGAGACCAGCUUUACGGCCGUAACAGCAUAUCAGAACCAGCGCGUGACACAACUAAAAAUAUCGAGCAACCCAUUCGCCAAAGGAUUUCGAGAUGAUGGCACCAACGAUGUCACCAGCGGCAGCCUGGGCAUGUCCAGCAUGAGCCAUGAGAGUCAAGCCCGCAUGAAGCAGCAGCAGCAACAGCAGCAGCAGCAACAGCAACAGCAGCAGCAGCAACAGCAACAGCAGCAACAUCAGCUGCAGCAGCAGCAGCAUUUAAAGGCAAAGGACCGAACGCCGCCAAACAGCUUCAGCUUGUCCUGCACAGAGCUUCAGCAUCGGCAGCAGCAGCAGCAGCCGCAGCAGCAGCAAGUAGCUCAAUUGGGCAUGCAGCUGCCAGCCACGCCCUCGAGCAGCUCAACAUCAGGCAAUUCACCCGAUCUGUUGGCCUUUCAGUUGGAGCCAACGCCACAGCAAUUGCAGCAGCAGCACCAGCAACACCAACACCAUCAGCAGCAACACCAACAACAGCAACACCAGCACCAGCAGCAGCAACAACAGCAAAGCCUUCAUCAAAUGUCCAGCAGCUAUGGCGGCAGCUAUCAUCAUCCCUAUCAGCAUCAUCAGCAUCAGCAUGCGGCAACGCCAUUGACGCCGCUGUCGGCCAGCUCGGCAUCGCCGCCAGCGCCGGGCGCGGCUGCUGCCGCUGCUGCAGCCACUCAGGUGAUGGCAGCGGCCAACAUUUACUCGACCAUUGGGCAGCCAUAUGCGGGAGAGCAGAGUAACUUUGGUGCCAUUUAUCAUCACAAUGCGGCGCACUAUCACAGCCAUGGCUAUGGCAGUCCCUACGACAAGCUCAAGGUCUCGCCGGGUCACAUGCGACAGGCGGCAGCCGCAGCGUACGGGAUGAGCAGCUAUCAGAGCUUCUACGGCAGCGCCGCGGCCGCCCAUCAAAUGAUGCGGCCCAACAGCUACAUCGACUUGGGGCCGCGUUGAUAAGCGCUGGGGGAGGGUCGAGCUAUGCCAAGUAUUAUACUAUAUAUAGUCAGCCUUGGGCCUGCACUCAAGUAUUACAAGUAUUUUCAACUAAUCCAAAACUCAAACUCAACUCAAAUUACUAUUAUUUACUAUUAUUAUUAUAAUUGUCUCA